AUAGAUACAUAUCGUUUAAUAGGUGGAUUAAAUUUAAAUACAUUAACUAAAUUUAAUAUUAAAUUUAAAGAUUUUUUAUUUUUAUAUAUAUUUAGAUAUAGAGCAUAUAUAAUUUUAAAACAAUUUAAACAACCAGAUUGGUGUUUUUUUGAAAUUCCUGAUAUUUCAUAUGAUGAUAUUUCUUAUUAUUCUAUUCCUUCUAAUUAUAAUUCAAAUAAAAUAAUUACAAAUAUGUUUAAUUCAAUUUUAGAUAAAAUAGGAUUAAAUAAUCAAGAAAAUAAAAUUAUUUCUAAGUUAGCCGUUGAUGUAGUAUUAGAUAGUGUAUCUAUAGUAGAUACAAUUACUAAUUUUUUACUUAAAAUUGGUAUAAUUUUUAUGCCUUUUUUCGAAGCUAUAAAAUACUUUCCUUCUUUAGUAUUUAUAUAUAUAGGUACCAUUGUAUCUUUAGAAGAUAAUUUUUUUGCUACUUUAAAUUCUACAAUAUUUAGUGGUGGUUCUUUUUGUUUUAUAGCAAAAAAUAUUAAAUGUAAUAUUAAUUUAUCUACUUAUUUUAGAACUCAAUCUGAAGAUUUUGCUCAAUUUGAAAGAACAUUAUUAAUAGUAAAUGCUUUUGCUACAGUAAUAUAUACAGAAGGUUGCUCUGCUCCUAUUUUUUUAGAAUCUCAAUUACAUGUUGCAUUAGUUGAACUUUUAGUAAAAGAAAAAGGAAUACUAAAUUAUUCUACUGUACAAAAUUGGUACCAUGGAGAUCAAUCCGGAGAAGGUGGUUUAUAUAAUUUUACAACAAAACGUGGUUGGUGUUUUAAAAAAGCUAUUUUAGAUUGGGUUCAAAUAGAAAUGGGAUCUGCUAUUACAUGAAAAUAUCCUUCUACAUAUUUAAUAGGAGAUUUUUCUUCAAGUAAUUUUUUUUCUUUAUCUUUAAUUUCUGAAAUGCAAAUAGCAGAUACAGGAAAUAAAAUGUUACAUAUUGGAUCUUAUACUAAAAGUCGUGUUUAUUCAAAAAGUAUUUCAUUAAAUAAUUCAAGUUAUGCAUAUAGAGGAUUAGUAAAAAUUUUUAAAAAUGCUAAAUAUACAUAUAAUUAUACAGAAUGUAAUUCAUUAUUAUUAGGAGAUAAUACAUUUACAAUAACUAUACCUUAUACAAUUGUAAAUAAUUAUUCUACUUUUAUAAAUCAAGAAGCUAGUAUUUCUAAAUUAGAAUCAGAUUUUAUUUUCUUUUUAUUACAAAGAGGAAUUAAUCUUAAAAUAGCAUUAACUUUAUUAAUUUAUGGUUUUUGUCAAAAUAUUUGUUCUAAAUUACCUUUAGAAUUAGAAUUAGAAGUACCUUUAUUAAUUUUAAUGCGUACUCAGUCUAAUUUUUAA